UAAAAUCGACGCAACGACCUCAACCAUUAUUCAAGUUCUAAAUUUCUACUUCCUUCUUUAUACAAUCCAGUAAAAGUUUUAAUAAGGUUAAAAUUGACAAUAAUGGAAGUCGUUAGGAUUGGUAUAUUAAUGAUAUGGAAUUAUAUGCUUAUAAACGGUAAGUGCGAAAUAAUGUGUAACUAUCAACCACUACCAUGGAAAUCUGCAAUAGCAUGGUGUCAGAACAAAACUGGAAUACUUGUUGGUUCUGACCAAAUUCAUAUUCCGUAUGGAAUUCCCAAAGAUGCUUCAUUUUGGACUCCUGACUAUACAACACGUAAACUGCAUGUAUCAUCGAUUCCAGAUUAUCCAGUUGCUUGCGGAUACAGAACCUUUAAGUUGAACAUGUUUGGUUCGAUAGAGUUUGGAGACUGCAGCAAAGAAAAACACUACAUUUGCUGUCAAUCAUACCUGUUUGGUGAACGGUGCGUGCAAACCGGAACCUGGCAACGUGCGAUAAUGUGUACCACUUCAACAUACCAAGACAAUUAUGUCCGCAACAUGGUUCCAGACGGUGAUUACUGGGUUGCACACGCAUACGCCUACGAAACAAACACACUUCGUGGUGACAUUAACAAUCUUCCAAUGCCCGACCAAUGUGGAAGUGUUCACAGCAAUGGAAUCUUACAUUUUGAAAAUAACUGCUCCUCGCUACGGUAUUCCAUGUGUGAUCUUCCGGAUCAUUUCCUUGGAUUUUCUGUUUUUUCUGAAUGUGACCGAACACAUGUUCCUACAAUUACCGAACGUGUGUCUUCAACAGACAGUCCAACAGCACGUGCACACGUCAAAACAACGAUCUCACCCACAGGCACAUUAUUAUCAAAAACUGCAUCAAAACUUAAGCUUUCCUCAACCUUGUUGACAACCAUACAAACGAAUUCACGAUCCACUUAUCGUAGACAUCCAUAUAUGACGACCGAACAAUAUGCUUUAUUCCCUGCACGCACGACUGUUAGUGCGCCCUUUUCAAACAAAAACGUUUCAAAGUUAAAUAUUGGAUUGGGAAUUGGACUAGGAUGUCUUGUCAUCAUUAUCGCAGUUAUUGCUCUAUCAUGUUAUAUUCGACGGAACACGACUCGCCGUGAUGCCGACAAAAGGACUGUUACAGCUCAUGCCGAGAUGAAUGCUACAUAUGCUGUGCCUGAAAACCGCGUUAACUUGACUCAUGACAAUCCUUGUCAAAUUUCAGCAAAUAACGAUGCUUAUUUCUCCAAUUCAGCAAUAGGACGCGGUCGAAGCCAUGCUUGUUAUGAAGAAACAUGUACUGAUAGUAAUGGCGUGCGUGCGACUCAUCAAGAACAUUACAGUUAUUGCCAUGACAUAUAUCAGAAAAGGGAAACAACUCCUACAAAUAAAUAUAAAGAUGAUUUAAAAAUCGGAUCAAACGAACUGAUGACAGAGUUCAAUGUAGCUAUGAACACGUUGUAUUUUACAAGCAAGCAACAAGAAGACCAGGAUCAUGAAUACUGUAACACGGAUGUCAUGAGUGAUCAGUACGACGGCGUGCAUUUCUCUGAAGCUCCAGACAGCGUGACCUUGAACGAAUACAGUCACAUAGGAUUUGGGAAGCAAUAUAAUCACGAUGAAAAUGAUUACAACGUCGCUUUCUCUAAGCAUGAACAAGCGGGCCCGUACAUGAGUGAUUAUGACACACUGAACCAUUUGCCGACAUAAUUGCUAGUUGCAUUUCUAUCAAAAGGCAAACAAAUUGCCGUAAAUUGAAGGAAUGCAUCACUGUAUUUUGUACACUAUAAAAAUGUUAUCUUACUAAUGACAUUUUGUAUUUUAAUAACAGUGUAGCCCUAUUAAGAUGACCAGUAUAGUUUAUGUUGCUUGACAUUAAAAAAGUACAAACUAUUUAAAAAAAACUAUUUAUUAACGCAUGUCGGAAAUUCUGCAUGCUCUUUACAGCAUUCGAUAUGACACUUUGUGGUGCGUUAUGCAGCUGAAAUUGCGGGUGAUACUAUUACUUGCAUGCGAUUGCAAACACAAAAACAGUGAUUUAGUAUCUCGGCGCAAAAGUGAUUUCGCUUGAUAUAGUGAUAUCCAUUGCGUCCCUGUCUCUCGUGUCUGUAUAUGCAAAAUGCACACCACCGGCUUAUUUCCUUUUCAAAUCAUGUCUAAACUAAAAACAACAGACUAUUUAAUUUAUUUCAAUGUUACAGUAUUCAAUAUAUUAUUCAAAUAGAAAUAAAAACAAAGACAUCAUAGUUAUUGCAUUUUAAAUAUGAACAAUGUAACCCCUUUUUAAGUUACAUGGUUAAUAUUUGGUAAAAUGUGUUAAUUAAUUUAAGCGUUUGUAAAAACUUAAUAACAUUUAUUUUGCAGUGGGUUGCUACAUACGGUAAUAAAAAAAAAUGUUGAAUUAA